GGCGGUUUCAGUCCGCUCAGGCUUCAUAGGUUUUAUGUACUUGUCACGUAACCGUGGCUAUAAAGCUGAAUAGCUGAUAGCCGGUUAUAUAACUUGUCGAUUAUUUGAGUUGUUGGGGUAGGGAGAGGGUGAAGAGGAAAAAUGAUGGAUCCUCACCAUGUCUCUGUGAGUGUAUUUGUCAUCUUCUGUUAAAUUUUGGAACAAGCAAACUCAAAUUUGGAUAAAUGGAACUAUAAAAGCAAAGAAAAAAAAGCAAAGAGAAAAGCAAAGGCUAAUGUUUGUUAUAGGCUUAUAGCUUUGUCUCUGUGUCCCAACUUGUAUAGUGUCUUCGGUUUUUGUUCAACAGUUUUCAUCUUUUAUGCUUUUGAAUUCUCACGGGCUUUUCUUAUAUGGGGUCAACGUAUGCUUGGGAAACUCUUUGUAACGCAUCUUAUUCGUCGGCUACUCAUAAAUUAUCUCCUCAGCGUAUGGGUUUGGAAAUUCAAGCAAUCUUGGAGCCGGAAACUUCCCUCUUAACCAACAACAACAACAACAACAACAGGGAGCUCCUUCUGGGGCAACACUUAGUUAUGAAGACAUCAUGAGUCUACAAUACAAACAUAAUCUCUUGUCACUUCAGCAACAACAACAACAACAGCAGAAUGAUAAUUCGCCUCUAUGGGUUCAUGGACCUGGUUCUCAAACAAUGUCUGGUGUCCAGAGCAAUGCUUACUACAACCUUCAAGCACAACAGCAAGCUCAGCAGCUCCGACAAACUCAGCAACAAGCGCAACAGCAAUAUGGAUCGCUUGGCUACCCAAACUACUAUCAGUCACAAACCGGAAUGUCAAUGGAGCACCAACAGCAAAACCCAAGGGAAGGUCAGCCUUCAAAGCAAGCUCAGCAGCAGCACCUUUGGCAAAACACUUAAUAGGCGGUUUCAUUCCCCUCAGGCCUAUAGAAGUUUUGUGUACUUGUCACGUAGCCGUGGCUUUAAAGCUGAGAGCUAGUUAUAUAGGUUAUCGGUUAUUUGAGUUGUUGGGUAGGGAGGGUGGAGAAAAAAAAGGACGGAUCUUCACCAUGUCACUGUGAGUGUAAUUGUCAUCUCCUGUUAAGCUUUGGAACAAGCAAACUCAAAUUUUGAUCAAUGCAACUAAAAAAACCAAAGGAAAAAAGCAAAGGCUCAUGUCUGUUAUAGGCUUAUAGCUUUCUCUCUCUGUGUUCCAACUUGUAUAGGAUCUUCGGCUUUUGUUCACCAGUUUCAUCUUUUAUGCUUUUGAAUU